AAAAUUUACCCCUUGUCUAAUUACUCUAAUUAAUCGCACUACUUGUUUAUAGUUGCAUAUAGAUCCUUAUAAUUACCAUCACCCUACCUACAAGAUUAUUAGUUUUUUUUAGCUAAAAAUGGGUUCAAAAAUCUGCUUCUAUCUCGUUGCCUUAAUCGUGUUAUCACUAGUAGAUCAUAUCAGGAUUUCAGGUUCUCUAGAUCUAGACCCCAAUUUUUACGACGAAAUAUGCCCCCAAGCUCUGCCGGCCAUCGAACGAGUUGUGGAGGAGGCUGUGCAGCAAGAGCCGCGCAUAGGGGCCUCUUUGUUGCGUCUCCAUUUUCAUGACUGCUUCGUUAACGGUUGUGACGGUUCCAUUCUUCUUGACACGACUUGCGACUUUACUAGUGAGAAGUUUGCGGUGCCAAAUAAUAAUUCCGCCAGAGGGUUUGACGUGGUUGAUAGGAUCAAGUGGGAAGUAGACAGAGCUUGUGGCGGUCCGGUGGUCUCCUGCGCUGACAUUUUGGCCGUUGCAGCUCGUGAUUCUGUGGUUGCGUUAGGAGGACCUAACUGGGAGGUACAACUAGGGAGGAGAGACUCGACUACAGCAAGUAUAGACAAAGCCAACACUGACAUCCCCUCACCAUCCAUGGACCUCCCAGCCCUAAUCACCACUUUCAGCAAUCACGGCCUAAACCUCCAAGACCUAGUCGUGCUUUCUGGUAGCCACACCAUAGGCUUUGCGCAGUGUUCUCUCUUCAGAAAUCGCAUUUACAAUGAGAACAACAUCGACUCCAGUUUUGCCAGCAAGCAACAAGCAACUUGUCCUCUCACUGGAGGUGAUUCCAACCUUGCUCCUUUGGAUCCCACAGCUGCUCUUUUCGACACCAAAUACUUUGACAACCUGGUGAUGAAGAAAGGGCUCUUGCAUUCUGAUCAACAGUUGUUUAAUGCUGGCUGUGAGACCGAUUCUCUUGUUCAAGCCUAUAGCUCCGACCCUGAUGCUUUUGCCAUGGAUUUUGUUAAUUCCAUGAUUAAGAUGGGAAAUAUAUGCCCACUCACUGGAGACCAAGGCCAGAUUCGAUGCAAUUGCAGGAAGGUCAAUUCUAAUUGAUAACAUGCAUGCAUGCACGCUGCUUAAUUAUUAAGUACUUGUUGCAUAUAUGUAUCUACUACUAAAAAAUAUAUAUGCUAUUAA